AUUUAAUUGAAUUAUAAUGUCUCAACCAGAAAAUAAGUAACCGAAACCAUUGAAGGAAGUCUUGGGAUUAAAAUAUGUCUUUGGUUUUAGAGGUGACAUCAAAAACUCAAUCCUGUAAGGAACAUAGACAAAUGUUUAAGAGAAAUCAACUAAAACUAAAUUCAUAUAUCCAGCAGCAAAUAAUAUAGUUAUUUUUGAUCCUAUAGCUGAUAAGAAUAAAUCAUAAGAAAUAAUUUAAACAGUUUUAGGCAGCAAAGGUGUAACUUGUUUAAAUAUUUCUUUAUCAAGAAGGUAGAUUCAAAAUUAUAUUUAGAUAUGUUGCAUGGUCAGAAGAGAGUGAUGCAGGAAUAAUAGUAAUAUUAGAUUUAAACACUCGGAAAACUAAAAUAUUGAGUACAACAGAUUGCAAAUCACGAUAUUAUGUGAGUCUAGAUUUUUCAAGGACAGAAGAAUCUAAAUAUUUAGUAGCAUUAAGUGCACCACCAGAAUAAAUGCUAAUACAUUGGGCAUGGGAUAAAUCAAAGUGUCUAGGAAGCACUAUUAUAAAUGCAAAAGGAGAUUCUAUUAAAUUCCAUCAAGUUUUUUAUCAUCCAAAAGAAGAUGAUUUUGUUUGCGUCAUGGGUAAUGGAGCUAUUAAACCUUAUAAAUUAAUUCCAGAUAACCCUCCAAAACCAAAAGAUUCACCUUUCUAAAAAAAGAAAGAAGUAUUUAUUUCCAAUAUCUUAUCAGGAAACUCAUUCAACAAAUUUUCUUUCUUAUUGUAUCUUAAGUGAUGGUAAAACAAUGGUUGUAGGAACUGAUAGAGGAGAAGUGUUAUAUUUUAAUGAAAAUUGUGAAUUUAAAUUAGUUCUUUCUCCUCUUUAGAAUUAGAAUUAAUAGUCAAUAGAUGGAUUUCCUAUAGAAUGUAUAGUGAAAUAUUCUAAUGGAUUUAUUGUAGGUGGAAGUGAUGGCAUGAUUUAUAUAUAUAGAAAACAUGAAGGCGAUUUGAAAAAUCCUUAUGUAAGAAUAGAUAAGAGAAUUUAAAAUAAAUUCAUAAACGCAAAGAUAACAAGUUUAUGCCUUACAAAUUAAGAGGAUAAUCUUAUAUUUGGAGUUGAAUCUGGUUAAAUAUAUAGCAUUCCUUUUAGUGCAGAUAGAGAAGUAGCAAAUGAAGAUGAAAUUAAAUUUGAUCAUUUGAUAGCACCAUUUCAUAGUGGACCAAUUACAGGUCUAGAUGUUUGUACAAGAAAGUCUUUAGUUGUUACAGUAUCAGAUGAUCGUACUAUUAGAAUUUGGAAUUUUAAUGAAUUAAUAUUGGAAGUGAUGAAAGUAUUUGAGGAUGAAACACCUUUAACUGUAGCAAUUCAUCCAUCUGGAUUUCAUUUAAUAGUUUCAUUUUCUGAUAAGAUUACAUUGUACAAUUUAUUUGAAAAAGAUUUAAACUUUUUUAAAGAUAUUCAUAUAAAGAAUUGUUAGUAAAUAAAAUUUGCACAUGGAGGUCAUUUAUUUGCAGUAGCUAAUUAAAACUUAGUUUAAAUAUAUUAAUUUUACACGGGUGAGAAUCCUUAAAAUUAUAUAUUUAAAUAAUCAACUGGUAAUAUUUCAACUAUAGAAUGGGAUAUCGAUGAUUUAGGAUUCUAUACUGGAAGUGAUAAUGGUUUUGUACUUUAUUGGAGAUUAGAAGAUAAUUAAAAUAAAUUAUAAUUGGCUAUGAUUCAAUCUUAACCAAUUGAAUGUAUUUGUACACCAAAAACAUAUGCUAAUAUUGAAUUAUAAAAAGUAUAUAUAGCAGGUCCAUAUGAUGGUUAAUAUUGUAUAUAUGAAUCUCAACAUCAUACAAAAAUUCAUAAGGAAGCUACUGAAGGUACAAAGAAAGAAAUUCCACUCUAUCCAAUACAAACUGGAUGUAGAAUAAGCAAGAUGGCAAUUUUUAAUAGUGAAAAGAUUAUGUUAUUUGCUACUUGCCAAUUAGCUAAUUCAACUGAAUUUACUUAGAAAUAAAACAUUAAGAAUAUGAAAUUUGAACCUGGUGGUUUAAGAUUUGCUAAAUAUCCUUUAGCUCCUGAAGAGAUUGUUGAAAUUUAACCACACAUUAAAGGAAUUACAUAAAUGAAAGUUUCUUAUGAUGAUUCAUAUGUUUUUACUGCUUCAUAUGAUAAUUCAUUGAUUAUCUAUGAUGUUAAAGAUUAAAGUUCGAAAAUUGAAUUUAAAGAUGGUGGAUAAGCGUAUGGUGUAUAAGCUUAUGCUGAUGAAUUUUUAAUGCAAAGAGAUAAGUAUAAAAAGAAGAUUGCUAAAAUUGAAGAUUUAAAAUAAAAAAUUAAAGAACAUGAUAUUAAUCAAAAGAUUAAGUAGAAUAUGUAUACUAAAGAAAAAGAUGAACUUAUUAGAAAGUUGGAGGAAUAAAUUGAUUAGUUAGAAAAAAAAGAAAAAGCAAAAAUUUAGGAAUUAGAAAAUGAUAUUAAUAAAUUAGAUAGUGAUUUUAAAGAUGAAAAGAAAUAACUUAAUGAAAAUCAUGAAAAAAAUAAAAAAACUACAGAAAAUGAUUUCAAAUAAAAAAUGGCAUUAGAAUCUUAAAGAUUAGAAGAAUUAACUAAAGAAAAAUAAUUAAAACUUCUUGAAUUCCAAAAAUACAUUAAGGAAUAAAAGGAUAAGAGUACAGAAACUAAAAAUGAAAAAAAAAGAGAAUAUGAGAAAUAAUUAAAAAAAGAAUAAGAAUUGUAUGAAUAAUUAUAAAAAGAUAAGGAAGAAAAUUAAAGGAGAUUUAUUGAGGAGAGAAAUAAGUUAGAAGAUGAUGCAGAGAAGGAAAUAGAUAAGAAGAAAGAGAUUAAUGAGGCUGAAAUGAAAAAAUUAUCAGAUGAAUUAGAUAAAGCAGAAUUAGAAAAACGAACUAAAAAAACUGAGUUUGAUAAUGUUUAAUCAAAUUUAGAAUAGGCUAAUUCUAAAGUUAAAGAGAUUAUGGAAGAUAUUGCAUAAAAUUAGGAAUUAAAUAGAUAAUAUUAAAAGGAAAAAGAGAGUCAUGAUAAAGAAAUUAAAGAAAGAGAUAAAACAAUAUAGGAUAAAUAAAAACGUAUAUAUGAGUUAAAGAAAAAGACUUAGGAAUUAGAAAAGUUUAAAUUUGUCUUAGAUUACAAGAUUAAAGAAUUGAAAAGAGACAUUGGACCAAGAGAGGAGGAAAUUACAAAAAUGAAAGAAUAAAUUACUAAUAUGAAUACAGAAAUAUUGCAUUUUAAAAAGGUUAAUGCAAAUCUAGGAUUAAUUGUAACUGAUUUAAAUUUGAGACAAGCAGGUAUGAAAUAGGAGAUAGAGAAUCAAUAAUAAGUAAUAGAGAGUAAUUCUUAAUAUAUAAAAGCAUUUGAAUAUGAUAUUUCUGAGACUCAUGCACAUUUAAAUGUAAUAUAUGAUAAUAAUUAUUUAGGAUUUUAAGAGACUUAAAUCUGAUAUGCUUAAGUUAUUUAAUAAAUAUGUAUAAAGUGUAGUUUCUAAGAAGAAAUUUGAAAAUGUUGAUGUGUAAAAGGAAUUCAUAAAAGAAAGAGCCCAUUUAGAAACGACAAAUAAAGGAUUGAAGGAAAAGUUUUCAAAGAAAUUAAGAGUUCAUAAAUAAGAUAAUAAUAGAAUUAUGAGUUAGAAUGUAGAUUUGAUUAGUGAGAUUAAUGAUUUAAGAAGAGAGAUUAAAUUAUUGUAAGAUGAAGAAGAUUUGAAGUGUCGUUAAAUUGAAUAGAUGAAUGAUUAACCAGAAGAGAGAGAGCUUGAUUAAUAGAUAGAGGAGGAGGAAAUAGAAAUUAAUUAAUUGAGAGAGAAAUUGUAAUUUCUUAAAGAAGCAGUUUAAUAGAGAAGAUUAUAAUAGAACAUUAAUUCUGAUAGUGAUCAUUAGGGAAAUGAAUAAGAAUGAAC